AAAUAUUCAGCUGAGUGUAUGGCACAUGAUUUACAGUUUACUCACUACUGGAAAUCCUAUCAUUCAGGAUGCAUUUAAAUUAUCUUUUAUUUGUGCUUGUGGUAAUUGUGAUCUGUGCCUCAGCGUCACAGUUCCUUCAACAAGAGUGGAACGCCUGGAAACUAAAACAUGGGAAAAAAUACCAACAUUCUGAAGAUGAGCUAUUUCGAAGGAAGGCUUGGGAGGCCAAUUGGGAAAAGGUUCAGAAGCAUAAUGAGCUGGCUGAUCAAGGUCUCAAAAAAUAUAGACUUAGUAUGAAUAAAUUUGCAGAUAUGACAGCAGAAGAUGUGAAAUCGAAGAGCUGCCUUAUUCCUAAAGAAUUACCAUCAAAAACCAGCGAGGUUCCACAAAUGCGUUAUAGAAAUAAUGUUAACAUUCCACAAGAAGUUGACUGGCGGAAAACAAAAUGUGUGACCCCUGUUAAAGAUCAAGGAAGUCUUUGUGGAUCCUGCUGGGCAUUUGCAACAGUGGGCGCAAUAGAAACUCGCUUGUGUGUAAAGAAUGAUGAACUCAUUGCCCUGAGUGAGCAGCAGCUUGUGGACUGUGAUCCUAGUAAUCAUGGCUGCUGUGGUGGUUUUCCAAUUGAUGCAUUAGCAUAUGUGGCAAAGCAAGGAGUAAUGAAGAGUGAUGAUUAUGAAUAUACGCAGAAGAAAUUUACCUGUGAAUAUGAUCCUGAUGAAGCAAUACAACUAAAUACAACUAAAUACUACAUAUUGCCUGGUGAAAUAAACAUGGCAACCGCAGUAGCUCUCGAAGGACCCAUCACUGUCGGGUUUGGAGUAGACAUUGAUUUUUUUCUGUACUUUGAAGGGAUAUUUGACGGUGAUUGUGCAGACAGCGCAAACCAUGCUAUAAUCAUUGAGGGUUAUGGGACUGAAAAAGGUGAGGAUGGGGAAGAUGAGGAAUACUGGCUAAUAAAGAAUAGUUGGGGUGAAGAUUGGGGGAUCCAAGGCUACGGCAAAAUAAAGCGCAAUGUGAAUAAGUGCGAUAUAGCAGAAAUGGCAGCAACAAUUGAUCUUAUUGCAUGAAUUCUAAGCAUUUUAUAUAUCAGACGAUCUCCUCUUCAACCACAAAUCCAUUCUUUACCGAUAUAGUUAACUUUUUUUUUAUAAUAAUAUAAAAAAAGUUAUUUAACGUCUGUUUUUGAUAUGUUAAAUUAGUUGACAUUCUAAAAUAUCUGAUGAAUCUGAUAUCUGUUAGACUAGCUAUCAGAGACGUUUUUAAGACCAAGAGUUAAAAUCACUAUCUCAUGUAACUGACAAGCAGCAAUGUCCUAGCAAAAUGUCUUCUAACUGCCAUGCUCGUUUAAAAAUUAUGACCAUGUAAUUUGAACUGCUAUAUGUAAUUAAACAGCUUUGAUGCCGAGUA